UGAGGUUGUGCAAUCCUCCAGCCUUAUAAAUACAGCGACACUCUGGCCUCUGGACACCUCUGCCAGCUCCACCUCUGAGGCCCUGGUACAGCCUGCCAGCCACCAUGAGGACCUGCCUUUUUCUGCUGAUGCUCUGCUUGCUGUUCUCCCAGGUGGCCCCAGGUAUCACUCUUGGCCACAGAUCUGACCAUUACAUGUGCAUCAAGAAUAAAGGGAGCUGUCUCUACUCUGCAUGCCCACUUUACACCAAAGUCAUCGGCACCUGUUAUGGCGGGAAGGCCAAGUGCUGCGGGUGAGCUGGAACGGCCAGGAGAAAGAACAAGGAUGCCCAGCAUACUAUUUGUAACCACUGGUUGUUUUUUUUGUUUGUUUGUUUGUUUGGUUUUUGGCCAGGGCUAGGUUUGAACCCGCCACCUCCGGCAUAUGGGACCGGUGCCCUACUCCUUGAGCCACAGGCACCGCCCUGUAACCACUGUUUUAAUAAAGGAAGACUUUUUUGGAGUAUA